AUGGCGAGACGGGAGCCGAACGAGUCCGUGACGGACACGCCCGUGCUGGAAGAGACUUCGCGGCACGAUGCGGCUGCUGCUGCUGAAGCGGAAGAAAGUAACAAUCGCGGCAACUUUACGCGCAAUUUGAACAAAGAGGCGGACCACAUCGUGGCCAAGAAGAUGUUUCUAGGCGGGUUGGCGUUCCUGCCAUGGCUACACUUUGUCAACGUCAUUUUCUACCGCAAACAGUUUCUCGACCCGUCGAUUGAUGCGUCGAUUACAUUGUGGGUGCGACGUUCCUUUAUGGGCUUCUGCUUCUGGACAGUGCUGUUCGUGUCGUGGGUGCUGCUCUUCCAGCUCAAUUGGAAGGACUUUGGCUGGCAGAAUCUCGUCAUGGUCGUGCCAGCAGAGGACGAGAACGCUGGCUGGUGA